AUGUAUCCCCACUCUCACAUGUCUGAAUUCGAUGACUUUAGAACUGUCUGGGGUCAUGAAUUUUACUGGACUUCCAAACACAAGACGGCACCUGAGAUUUCUCACUUGCUCUACUCGUACGACAAGUUGGCCACAGACGCAUUGGACCGUCUAGACGAGUUCUCACCGCCGACCUCGAAAGCAUGGAGGUGUCCUCAUGGUGCGGGAGAUGGCCAGAGGGACCUCUAUGUUCUCCUUCAAAAGUACGCGGACUCGGAUGAGGUUCUGGGUCAGCUAUGGGAAGAGGUCUCGACAGUCCCCGAGUGGGUUGACUGGGAGCAAAUUGAGCGUGGUCAACGUGUGGUUUACCAGUACAGCGCACAAAUUCUUCUUGGGCUCUUAUACAAGUCACUAUUGGGCGGAAUGGGCGCAUAUCGUGUUGUCGAAACUCUCUCAAGAACAGGAGGAUUUGGAGUUCGAGUUACCAAACGCCGUCUUUUGGAGACACUGCAACAUUUCAUGGAAGUUGUCGAAGACAUUGACGCUGUUAAGCCUGGUGGAAAGGGCUACGUCUCGUCAGUGCGGGUUCGAUUACUACAUGCGGCAGUUCGACGUCGGCUUAUGCAACUGGAGCACGAACGACCAGGCUAUUUCGACAUGGACAAGUGGGGAGUGCCGAUCAAUGAUUUACACUCGAUCGGCACUAUUUCCGUUUAUUCGGUAGCCAUUAUUUACAUGGCUCUUCCACGACAGGGCAUCCACUUGACGGAUCAACAGAUAACCGACUAUCUUGCACUAUGGCGUUGGGUCGGAUACUUGCUGGGCACGCCAGUGGACUGGAUGGCCACGCCAGCGCAGGCCAAGGCCAUGAUGGAGUCAGUCAUGACAUCUGAAGUGGCACCGUCGGCCAACUCUCGCAUCCUCGCCAACAACAUCCUCACAGCCGAAGCACGUAUUCCGCCACUACACGCACCCCGCGAACUUCUCGCUGCCCAGGCCUACCAACUCAACGGAGAUGAUCUAGCUGGUGCACUAGGCAUUGAGAAGCCUGGAUGGUAUUACCGUGCAAUCGUUUGGGUGCAAUGCGUCGUGCUCUACUGGCUGAGCUAUACUUACCCCUGGCUGCCGACUGACAUGCAGAGGAGCCGGGACAGGAAAUUCAAAAGCUUUGCGCAUUUCAUGAUCCACAGCAAAAAGAUUGGCGGAAUCGGCGAAUCCACCAAGUUCGAGUUCCAGUAUCUCCCGCGCAUUGGCAUGCUUACGGAGCUGGGACACCCCGAGGAGCCGGACGAGAAGGAGACCGUGUCGAGUUCGGGCACGCUAAGAUUGAUGACACGCCAUUCAAAGAUGCCCAUCCGGGCUGUGCUCGUAGUCGGGACAAUAGUCGGGGCCGUGGCCGUGGUCAGCCUCGCCCGGUUCGUGGGCUCAUCGUCGGGCUGGCUGCGAGGCGUGCCGCGCCAUCUGCUCUCGUCAGUCAUGGCGCAGACGCAGUUGCUGCAAAGCCUUGUGUGA